CAAGUGCCACACCUGUGCAUUGGCCCUGGGCAGGGGUGUCAGAGCUGUUUGUCAGGGAUCAGCUGUCUCUGGGCUCCAGUUUGAUGUGUUCUGCUCCCUCCCACCGGUUCUGCACCUUCCUGACACUGCUGUCACAAGGACAUCUGAUUUGUAUUGCUAUUCCCCGCUAGGAUGCAAACAUUUUCCAGAAGAUAAAGCUCAAGAAAUCAAUUCUCUCCCUCUGUGAUCACGUCUAGGCUGUGACCUGUUGCUGAAAAGACAGAACUUUGCACUUAACUGCAGUUCUGCUGCUUCAGUUUUCAUAACUUCUGGAGCAAUCUGCAAAGGACUGAAAGUGCUUCUCCCAGCUUGUCCUUGGCAGGAGGUGUGAUGGGCUGGAGCAUCCCCAAAAGCAGGGUCGUGGCUCUGAAGCAACUUGUGUCAGGUGAACCUGGCUCACUUGAGGCUCAGCUGGCAGUGCUGACGUUCCUGAUCCCCAGCCAGAAAAUUUGCAGAAGAAUUGGCUUCGGGAAUUUUAUCAGGUUGUCCAUGCACACAAACCCCAUUUCAUGGCUUUACACUGUCAGGAGUUCGGAGGGAAGAACUACGAAGCGUCGAUGUCUCAUGUGGACAAGUUCGUGAAAGAACUGUUAUCAAGUGAUGCAAUGAAAGACUACAACAGAGCUCGAGUUUACCUGGAUGAGAACUAUAAAUCACAGGAACAUUUCACGGCUCUAGGAAGUUUUUACUUUCUUCAUGAAUCUUUGAAAAACAUCUACCAGUUUGAUUUUAAAGCUAAGAAGUAUAAAAAAGUUACUGGGAAAGAAAUCUACUCUGACACUUUAGAAAGCACACCCAUGCUGGAAAAAGAGAAGUUUCCACAGGAUUAUUUCCCUGAGUGCAAGUGGUCCAGAAAAGGUUUCAUUCGAACAAGAUGGUGUAUUACUGAUUGUGCCUUUGACUUGGUAAACAUUCAUCUUUUCCAUGAUGCUUCCAAUUUAAUUGCUUGGGAAACAAGCCCAUCGGUUUACUCAGGAAUACGGCAUAAGGCUCUUGGCUAUGUACUUGAUAGAAUUAUAGAUCAGCGGUUUGAGAAAGUUUCAUAUUUUGUCUUUGGAGAUUUCAACUUUAGACUGGAUGCCAAAGCAGUAGUAGAGACACUAUGUGCAAAGGCCACAAUGCAGACCAUCCGGGCAGCUGACACAAAUGAAGUAGUCAAGCUAAUAUUUCGUGAAUCUGAUAAUGACCGAAAGGUUAUGCUGCAAUUAGAAAAGAAGCUCUUUGACUAUUUUAAUCAAGACGUAUUUAGAGACAACAAUGGCACUGCGCUUUUAGAAUUUGACAGAGAGCUAUCAGUCUUUAAAGACAGAUUGUAUGAACUGGACAUCUCAUUUCCUCCCAGUUAUCCCUACAGCGAGGACUCUAGCCAGGGAAGGCAGUACAUGAACACAAGAUGUCCAGCCUGGUGCGACAGAAUCCUGAUGUCCCACUCAGCCAAGGAGCUCAUUCUGAAAUCAGAAAAUGAUGAGAAGAUAGUAAUAUAUGACCACAUUGGGCCAAAUGUCUGCAUGGGGGAUCACAAGGAAAAAGAUGCCUACGUAGUGAGAAGAUUUUCCGUGAAACCACACUAUAGCCAGGAGGGAAGGCAGCACACUGAAAUCUGUAAUCCCAACAGCUGUAUUGAUAAAUCCAGUCCUGAGUGCCACAUUUUAGACUGCUGAUCCUACACUAUGCUUCAGCAUCUGGACUCUGUUCAAGAAAAGCCUCACAUACCUCACUGUCUUGUAUGUUCAUGUGACAUCAAGUAGAAAUGUGGAAUUAUUUUUUAUAUAUAUGUCACAGUUCUGUUGCCAAAACUCUAAAUAGACAGCAGAGAUGUUAUGUAUUCUAGAUUUCACAACUUUCAACUUUUAAUAAGUGUUUGUCAAUGUGGAAAAGCUAUUUCAGCAUAUUAUAAAACUUUUAAAGGUAUCAUACCCAUUAUAUAUCUUUACCACUUUGGGAUUUUGUACAUUGGAUUGUAUAGAUAGAGAUAUUGAUGGUUUUAAAUGGUAUUUUCUUUUUUGACCAAGGCUUAUGGUUUGUGUUUUAGUUUUAGUAUUUUGGUUUUCAUUUUUUAAUUUUUUUUUCUCAUUUUAUUUACUAUACUGCCAUGUUACAUGGUUUUUGAAUCACACAGCAGCUGCUUUCUAUACAUACAUAUAUAUGUGUGUGUAUAUAUAUGUAUGUAUGUGUAUAUAUACACAGAUAUAUAAAUAAUUUAUAAACCUGACCAAAACUUAUGCUAAAUAUACUUUCCAAUAUGAAUGCUUGAGAGUGCCAUAUCAGCAGUAAGUAUUGGAGUCUUAGCAGGUUUAGUUAAGUGUACAUCAACAACCAACAUUUAUAUAAUAAAUAAUAUAUAGCAGUGCCAUCCUGGAUACAGAUAUAUAGCAUACUAUAUAGCACAUAUAUUAGCAGUUUCACUUUGUUACUCCUAUAACCUCUUCUUUCUAUGUAAUAUUAAGGAUUGAAUGUGAAGUUCUUAGCUAGGUUUGGGUGUAACUUUACAGAAUUUUGUAAACUGUUUUUGUCUGUCUUUUGUUACUGUUUUAUGGUGCCAUAUUCUAUAUUGAAACAAUAACAACACGGGAGAAGAAAAAUAAUAGUCUGCUUCAAGUAGCAACUGUAUUGGACACAGACUGUAUUUAUACAGUAUUAAAGAAAAAAAAAACAAAACCAACCAUCAAGCCAACUGUAAAUUUUCCUGGUUAGUAGCUCAGUGCAGCCUACAAUAUAGUCUUGUUACAGACAUUUUCCUCCCACCACUAAAUACAACAUUAAAAGGUGAUUAGGGAGUCUGUUGAUGAAACACAAAUGUAUGUUUUAUUGAUUUAAUUUAGAACACUACAGAGUUCAUGGACUGCGCGAUGGCAUUAAAUUGAUGCUUAAUUUUGGUAUAAAUCACUACCAUUGGAAAUGAUUUGAUGUCCGCUUGCAGAGUUCUCUCAACAGUACAACCCAGUUUAUAGCAAGUAUUGUUGCCCAAAGGGUGUCUGCAGCUCUGUAUUGUUACUGUGCCAUGUUGCAUUAUAACCACACAGUAAUUCUAUUUAAGCGAACUCAAUUCAUGAUAACUCUGAAGGCCUUUAGAAAUGAGUACUCUGGUUCUCAAGCAAUAAAACUAAUCAUGGUGAACAUGA